UGUUGGUAACAGAAGAAGUAUGACGUAAGGGGUCAUGUUCCAGGCGAUUCCGCUUUGUGUACUUGCAAUUGGAAUACAACGAUGGUACAAAAUGUUGCCUGUAGUUCGACAAAUUAUUAGUUCUUCGUUGUUACGGUCAGGUACAGCGUUAAUUGGAGUUCUCAAGUAUUGGGUUUUUUUGGAACACUAACUGUGCAUGUUCCACCAAAACGACUACCAUCAAAGCCCCGAAGGCAUCGGGGCAAUGGCAGGUGAAAGCCCAGAAGCAAGGACAACCUACUCAUGCAACACAUCCUCAUCUUAUGCAAGAAGGAGAGCUUUUGCCAGGAGUGAGACUAGACGAAUUUCAAGAGAGAAGAUUUCGUCUUAUGGAAGGAAUUCACAAACAUGCUUCAAAACAUGACAACAAUUUGAAGCAACACCUGGUAGUUAUACCAUCAGCUACAAAAGUUUAUAUGACGCAGAAAAUUCCAUAUGUGUUUCGUCAGAACACAGACUUUCUGUACUUGAGUGGGUGCCUUGAACCAGAUAGUGCCCUAGUUCUAACUGGAAUGAGAGGAGAUGAUCAUUUAUCUACACUAUUUGUACGUGAACGUGACACACAUUCAGAACUUUGGGAUGGACCGCGUACUGGGGUGGAAGGUGCUCCUGCACUGUUUGGUCUUGACCAGGCUUAUGCGUUGACUGAUCUUGAAUCGUUCAUUGCAUCCUUUAUGCGAAGUCAUCGGAACUUCAUCCUCUGGUAUGACUUUAUGAAUCCAGCCCAGCCGGAUGUUCAUAGGAUCUUACGUGAAUUUUUAGGAGAUACAUGGAAUAAGAUGUGGGAGUCACCAAAGCCAUUCAUCCAUCGCCUCCGUCUGCAUAAGUCCACAGCUGAAGUGGCUCUCAUGAAGGCUUCUUGCAAAAUAGCCAGUGAUGCCAUUAAUGCUACCAUUGCAUCUUCAUAUCCUGGCAUUACUGAACACCAGCUGUUCGCACGUGUGGACUACGAGUGUCGGAUGACAGGGGCAGAGUAUCUGGCAUAUCCACCUGUGGUUGCUGGUGGAGAUCGAGCCAACAUCAUUCACUACAUCAACAACAAUCAAGUUGUGUCUGAGGGAGAGAUGGUUCUUAUGGAUGCUGGCUGUGAAUAUCAUGGCUACAGCAGUGACAUCACACGAACGUGGCCAGUGGAUGGGCGCUUCUCCCAACCUCAGCGUGAUCUGUAUGAAGCUGUGCUGUCAGUUCAGACUGAGCUGAUUAGAAUGUGUGCAACCCUUCCUUCAUUGGACAAUCUGUUCCAUGCCAUGUGCACAUUGCUUGGGCAGCAUUUGCAGGAGCUUGGUGUUCUUUCUUCUCGCGCUACAGAGGAGGAACUUUCAAGGGCUGCAUACAGUUUCUGCCCGCAUCAUGUGAGUCACUACCUUGGCAUGGAUGUUCAUGACACUGCUCUCAUCCCACGCAGUGUCCCUCUUGAACCAGGGAUGGUGAUUACUAUAGAGCCAGGAAUCUAUGUGAGUCCACGGAACAAGCUGGCACCCUCAAAGUACCAUGGUCUUGGAGUACGAAUAGAAGAUGACGUUCUUAUUACUGCUUCUGGACCUGAUGUCCUUACUGUUAGAUGUCUGAAACAGAUUAGUGAUAUAGAAACCCUGAUGAGCGAUGCACAUUCUAUGGACUUAUAAACACAGAUUUCUAUGCCUUGCCAAAACCACAGAACUAGUGCCAAAUUAUCAUAAUUGAUUAAGAAAUAAUUUGUGUGAUUAUUUCUUGCUAAUGGUGAUAAUAAUAAUAAUAAUAAUGGAGAAGUAUGUGGUGUAUGUAAUAAUUUUGAUUAUUUUUAUAGCAGUGCAUGACAUACGAUCUUGGUUAUCCAAAUGUGACAUUUUGAUGUGUGCUUGUUACAUCAGUAUCUGUAUUCGCAUGCUAAGAACAUGCCCUGUGAUGAUUCGUUAUCAAUAGUAUUAUAAUGAGUUUAGUUUUGGUUAGGUAAUACAAUAAUGCAAACUAUUCAGAACUUUUUUGGGGCGGUAAACAAUUAUCAGGCUGGUACUGUGGAGUAGGUCUCAUUUAUGUAGUGCUUAACUCACAUAUUUUAUUGUGCAAAGUUUCAGUGAGGUUUUUAUGGCAGUGUAGAUGUCAGUAUUGGUCUUCUUAGUAUAAUGCUGUGUGGACAUGUAGGUUGGUAGCAUCUUCAAGACUGAAGUGAGGUUGUUGGAAAGUGUAAUUUAUGUGUGGUCAGGAGAAGGAACAGGCUAAGACACCUACUGAAGUUGAUGUUUAAGGAGGAGGUGGUCUGGGUCUGGCCUAGAUCAGGGGUUCUCGCCCUUUACCGCUGGCGUACCACUAAUUCUAAUAUAAGAAAUUAACUGUACCACUAACAAAAUGCAUUCAAGGAAAACUUAUUUUUGUUAAUAUUAUCUUUUGAUUUUCUUAUUUAGUUUGCAUACCACAAGUGGUACACGUACCAUAGGUUGAGAAACGCUGGCCUAGAUCAUCUCAUUCCUUGACUCUGGUUUCCAAAUUCCCUCAGCCUGAUCCUUCUCUUGACCCCAUGUAAACUGUCCACUUCCCGUCAGCCUUGAAGAUGGAAACAGUAUAUUCCACCAAAAUAUUUAUAUCUGCAACUCAAGUCCACACAGCAUUUGUAGUGAAAAAGUUCUAAAUAUGUCAUCAUGCCUCUUUCUUUUAUUUUCUUCUUCUUCUCUCUCUCUCUCUCUCUCUCUCUCUCUCUCUCUCUUUGUAUUAAGAUAUUUUAUCAGAAAAGCAAGUGAUGUAUGUUUGUGUACAUUUUGGUCAUAACUAUGAAAUGUGCAAUUUUAAAACAUUAUCAUAUAAAUUUUAACCCCUUCACUAUUAUGGACAGAGCUGUUAUGCUAAAUCCUGUACCAUUUUAUUAUUUGUUUCAUUAAAUUCCAGGGCAAGGAAAAAAUGGACAUUAGAUGUGAUUUUAAUUUUAAAAUUUAAAACGAAACAGUAUAUAUCCAUAAUAUGCAUAAACUAAAUAUUUUGUUGAUAUUAAUAUUUACUGAGUUGAAUAUUGGCCAACAGAAAACUGAUUGAUAUCUUUUCUUCUUCUCAAACUAAAAAAGGGUUAAAUAAGCUGUAGCAAAUAAUGGACAACUGGCUAAUGGCAACUGUAUUGCAGCAUGAAUAUAUGGCAUAAUAAAAAUAUAUAAAAUUACA